AAUGGCUUGCGCUCGUUUAUAAUUUUUUUUAGGUUAUGUAGUUUAUUUUUAAGUCUGAUAUGUUUAAAAAUGUAUCAGCCCAUCAAUUCACUAGACAUUCCUGAAAAUAAAAUGCAGGAAUUAAAGUCCACCGGAUACUACCACUGCAAAGAUGUGGACACCGAUAAUCCUCUCUGGGAUGUUCUAACUCGAACUCCGGAAACAAAAACAGCAUUAGAUUUAUACCACGAAGAGCAAAAAAUGGGAUCAAUUCGUACAUUUAUUGAUCAUUUCGACGAUGCCUUGGGUGGCGGUAUUCCCAUUGGAAAAAUUACAGAGUUUUGUGGAGAAUCUGGAACCGGCAAGACUCAGUUGUGUUUUCAGUUAUGUGUUACAGUGCAGUUACCCAGUUGGUGCGGAGGUCUGGACGGAGCUGCCGUCUUUCUAAGUACAAACCAGAGCUUUGCUACCCAUCGCAUAAGACAAAUCGCGCUUGGUGUUGUCAACCAUUAUGAAUUCAUUAAAACUAAACAUUUAGUGCAUAGGAAAAGAAAAGUUGAGGAACUCUGCGUCGACAAGAUAAUGGGAAAUAUUUCGCACAUCUACAUAACUGACCAUAUAGAGUUAAUGGCAGUUUUAAUAAAAUUGAAACAGUUUAUUAAUGACCACCCUAUGGUACGUUUGGUUGUAAUUGACAGCAUAUCCGCUCCAUUGAAAACUUUAAAUGGGCAGGAACGAACGACAGUGGUAUUUAACUUCUUUAGAGAAGUGCAGAGAUUGUCCCAAGAAUUUUGUUUUGCGAUUGUUAUAACAAAUGAUUUAACAACAAGAAUAGGUUCCGGCAGUGCAGCAUACCAAACUCCCUCGCUAGGUGGAAGUUAUUAUCAUAGGAUAAAUUUAAGAGUAGAACUUGAAAAGAAGUCCUCUCCUGUAUUCAAAGCAAUUAUAACCAAAAAUGCAUUAAAACCAGAACGUGAAAUUGAAUUUACAUUAUUAGCAUAAUUAAUUGAUAAUUAAUUUAAAGAACUGGCUCUGUGAUACAUUUAUAAUUUGCAUUUUCUUUUGUAUUAUUUUCAAAGUAGUCAAUAAUCAUUUUUAUUUGUAAUGAUUUCAUUGUGUUGUUUACUGGAGGACAUAUUCUGCAAAACAAGCAUUAUUACCAUUAUACACCUGAAGUGUCAAUUGACAGUUUCUUAUAAUAUACUUCGAACGAGGAGUCAGAUAUCCUAGGGUUGAAUAGUGCUCGCUCUCUACUUGCAUUAAUUUCCAA